AUGAGUGCAGAGUAAUGGUUAGUCUUACGAUUGGAUUUAUUGCCUAGCAUAGCUUAAGAAGUAGAAUAGAUUUGUACCCAUUAUAUUCAUUUGUGUGAUGAAGUUAGAAAAGGAAAUAAAUAAGCGUAUUAAGAUUUAAUCGUGUUAUAAGCUAGAAUAAGAGGAAGAAUGGAUGAUUUUGAUAAGUUUUAUGAUAGAAACUAUGCUGACUACAGAAUUGGAUAUUUUGAGAAAAUGAAAUUGAGAUUACGAAAAUUAAUAAGUCCACACAUUGAUGUUAAUAGAUUAAUUUACGAAGAAACCUAAAAUUACAAUCAGCAAUCCUCUCCUAUCAAGAAUACAACACCUCCACCUGUUAAGGAUAAUUAAUAGAAUGUUUAAAAAGUAACAGAAUUCGUUUAAGCACAACCUAAAAGGCCUCAAUCACCUCCAAAUAAAAUGAUAAAUUCCAGCAAUUAUAAUAGCACAAACAAACAAAAAUAGGCUACUCCUAUCGCUUAAAAUAAUAAAAAGGCUAGCAAGUAACCUUAGCAAGUGAAAACUUCGUAAGCAAAGGCUAAGACAUAAUAGGAUGAAUUAGUGUUUACAAUUAAGAUGAGCAAGGAAGAAUAUUUGUAAUAUAUACAAGCUAAAUAAAAAUAGAGAUGA